CUUCUGUCACACUAGCAUACUAUACCCCCAAUCAAAUCAACAGACUGUCACACAUCAUCUUCAAUUCCCUUCAACCAGCUACGUCACCUUCUUCAUGCACUUGUUUACUCCUGAACGAUUAGCUACGCGGUUCCAAGUUCCCAGGUUCGCAAAUUCCAGGGGAAGUCUCAUGUUUCAGUACUGUCGCAACAUCACCACCGCAUUUCCCGACCAGGUUACGCGAACGCAACGCCAAACCCAUCUCGCGUGAGAUGGGCUGCAGGUGCGUCGAUGCGUAGGUCGGCGCUUCCGAGUGCGAGGUUACAUAUGCGCCUUGCGUUGCAACCACCAGAAUCGACCUUUUGCGACUCCACGACUUUCAACGACGGAUCAUUCGUACAAGCGCUGUGCGCUACUUGUCAGCCAACACCAGUACACAACCAUGAAGUUCCUUCCACCCGCCCUCCUCUCACUCAUCCACCUGGCGCUUCCUGCUCUUUCGCAUGCGUCACCUCAACCCGCCCUCGUCUCCACAGACUGGGAGAUGUCUUUGGUACCACGGCAUACCUUGUUCCUGCGCCAGCUCGCCGAUCUGCAGACUUUCAAUUCAGCACUAGGAGGCACAAAAGCUAGUGCCAUCACCAAGAGCGGAGACCCUCAACGACCCUUUUCCGUCGACGGAGACACGUUUGAUAGCUUCCAAUCCGCCGCGCAAAGAAGCUGCGAUAAACAGUUCAAGGGAUGUUCUGAUGCUGCGAAUGGAAAUGGGAAUGGAAAUGGAAAUGGCAAUGGGAAUGGCAAUGGGAAUGGGAACGGUAAAGGAAAUGGAGAUAGAAAUGGCAACGGCAAUGGCAAUAGAGGCGGAAAGAAGGAUAAGCCGAAGAGGCAGAGUGGAGGGCUGAGCGUGCAGCAGUGUGAUGAGCAAAAGAGUAAGUCUUGCCUUCUCAAUCCCGCAUCAAGGAGAUGUGAUUAUGAAGAUGGGAUGCUGGGUAUGACUGAUGCUUACUAUGAAUCUGUGUGCUAACAUUGGAUUUAGCUCAGUGUAAUACUGCACAGCAGAAUGCGCGCGUCACGGACUUUCGGAACGCGGUCGCUAGUGUCAAUAUUGGACCUGAUCCUGCGUUUCCGGAUUUCGACUUGAUAUGUGAGGCGUAGUCAAGUCGAGAAGGGCCUUGAAGUAUUCCAAAGUUGUCCGUAACAUUGGCCCAGGAGCAACUGUAAUUGGCGUGCCUAGAGUAGUUCCAGGGAGGUUUGCCGUAAAUAUAAUGACUAUCCAUGAUCAUGCCAGAUAAAGACAGCUCCAGACGCCAACGUGGUAGUGGGCAGAGGAGGAUCACGUGCGCACGCUUAACCGUGCACGCGACUUGUAGUCUACAACGCGUGAACUCCUUUCCCAACACCAGCACACUUUUUCAGCAUAGAAUAUUUUGCAUUCUUAUCGACCCAAACUCAC